AUGGCAGACGCCUCUGUGCCCACGGCGGCUCAAGGCCUGCUGUCCGUUUGGCAUACCUAUCGCAUUCCUGUCCUCUUCCUCUCCGCCGUCAUCCUCGCUGUCCAUGCCUCGCGCAAGUCGCAGCCCCGCCUCAAAACCCCCGACUCGUCCUCGGUGCCCUCCUCCCCGCCCCCCUCUUCGCCCGUCAUCACCGAAAAGCCCGUGGAGAAACGGAUAGAGAAAAAACCUGCCGUCAAGACGAAUGGCCCGAAGAGGGUCCAGGGCAAAAAACCGGCUCGGAGUAGCGGUGCUGGACAGGCGGUUGAGUCGCUGACCUGCAUCCAGCCGAUCAUCUUCUACGCCUCGCUGACGGGUUCGACGGAGCGGUACGCGCAGAUCUUGCUGGAAGACCUGCGUGCCGCCGCGCAGACGCUCUCUGACGGGGAAGAUAGCGACCGUGGUCUCCUGGCGCCGCAGAUCCACGACCUGGCCUACGUGGACUUCGACGACUACUUCACCAGCGCGCCCAAACCGCCCGCGACCGCCCCGGGGACACGGUACGUCUACUGUCUCCUGCUGCCCAGCUACAACAUCGACACCGUUAUCAACACCUUCCUGAGCCAUCUCGAUGAAACACACAAUGAUUUCCGCAUCGACACGGGCUCACUCUCCACCCUGGCGGGAUACACGGUGUUCGGAUUCGGCGACAAGGAAAAUUGGCCCACGGAGGAGGAAGGCUUCUGCUCGCAGGCCACGGAGCUGGACCGUUGGAUGGCCAAACUGUCCGGUCGGAAGCGUGCGUAUCCGCUCGGUUUCGGUGAUGUCAAGAGCGACGCCCAUGACGCCCUGCGCGAGUGGUCGGCGGGCUUGCAGCAGACGCUGGGGGAGAUGCUGAAAUACGGCGGGCUCGGAGAGGGCAUUCCGGGGAGUGGAGAUGCCUUGGAAAGCGACGAGGAGGGAGAAGAAGAGGAUGAUGAUGGGGAUGAGAAUGAGGCUCCUGCGAAGAACCGUAAGCGAAACAAGGGAACGGUGGUGGACGUGGAGGACAUCCAAAUGGGCGACUCGAGCUCUCCUCUGCCGAUCGACUUCACAACGGUCGGACAGUCCGGCGUCACCACUACUACUACCACCGCCACUGCCAAAGAGAUGGUUCCCAAGACGUCGCCGACGUAUGCAGCACUGACGAAACAGGGGUACACGAUCGUGGGCUCGCACUCGGGCGUCAAGAUCUGCCGGUGGACCAAGUCGGCGCUGCGCGGGCGCGGGUCGUGCUACAAGUACUCAUUCUACGGGAUCCGGUCGCAUCUGUGCAUGGAGGCAACGCCGUCGCUGUCGUGCAGCAACAAAUGUAUCUUCUGCUGGCGGCACGGGACAAACCCCGUGGGCACGACAUGGCGCUGGCAGGUGGACUCGCCCGAGCUGAUCUUCGACGGGAUCAAGGAAGGACAUUACAAGAAGAUCAAGAUGAUGCGGGGGAUCCCCGGCGUGCGUGCCGAGCGGUUCGCCGAGGCGCUGCGCAUCCGGCACUGCGCGCUGAGCCUGGUAGGCGAGCCGAUUUUCUACCCGCACAUCAACCGCUUCCUGGACCUGCUGCACGGCGACCGCAUCUCGAGCUUCCUGGUGUGCAACGCGCAGCACCCGGACCAGCUGCAGACGCUGCAGCGCGUCACGCAGCUGUACGUCUCCAUCGACGCGAGCAACCGCGAGGCCCUGCGCCGCAUCGACCGCCCCCUGCACCGCGACUUCUGGGAGCGCUUCCAGCGCUGCCUCGACAUCCUGCGCGAGAAGCGCCACGUCCAGCGCACCGUCUUCCGCCUGACCCUCGUCAAGGGCUUCAACGUCGACGAAGAAGUCAGCGGCUACGCCGAUCUCGUCGAGAAGGCCCUCCCCUGCUUCGUCGAGAUCAAGGGCGUCACCUACUGCGGCACAAGCACCAGCGCCGGCGCAGGCCUGACCAUGCAAAACGUCCCCUUUUACGAGGAGGUCGCCCAGUUCGUCGAAGCCCUGCACGCCGAGCUGCAGCGGCGCGGCCUCGGCUACGGCAUCGCCGCCGAGCAUGCCCACAGCUGUUGCGUGCUUCUUGCCUCGGACCGCUUCCACGUCGACGGCAAGUGGCACACGCGCAUCAACUAUGACCGCUUCUUCGACCUGCUCGAGCGCGAGAAAUCCCUCGGUACCCCCUUCACGCCCGAGGACUACAUGCGUGAGACGGAGGAAUGGGCGUAUUGGGGGAAGGGCGGCUUCGAUCCCAACGAUGAGCGGGUGUACCGCAAGAAAAAGGCCAAGGCGGAGCAGUAG